AUGGCUUCUCACCACGUCCUUCUCCUUGGCGGCCACGGCAAGAUCGCUCAGCUUCUUACUCCUCUCCUCCUCAAGCGCUCGUGGACUGUCACCAGCGUCAUCCGAACUUCAGAGCAGACCCCUACCAUUGAGAAGCUUGGCGCCGGCCUCCCCGGUAAACUCAAUGUUCUUGUGCGUAGCAUUGAGGACGUCACAUCCCAGGAUAAGGCUCUUGGAAUUAUAAAUGAGGUGAAGCCUGAUUAUGUUGCUUGGAGUGCCGGUGCCGGUGGUAAGGGUGGUGCUGAGCGUACAUUCAAGGUAGAUCGCGAUGCUGCGGUCCACUUUAUCAACGCCGCCGCCUCUGUACCCAGUAUCACCAAGUUCCUUCUCAUCUCAUUCCUUGGCUCUCGUCGCUCUGGCGCCUCAUGGUGGCCCGCCGGCGAGUGGGAUGAGUAUGUUGAGAAGGUUAACAAUGGCUCAUUGGCAAACUACUACAAGGCCAAGGUCGAGGCAGAUGAGGUUCUAUACAAGGUCUCCAAGCAGAGCUCCACUCUUGCUGGUAUCGAUCUUCGGCCCGGAACCUUGACUGAUGAGCCAGCCACAAAGGUUGAGUUUGGCAAGACCAAGCACAUCUCUUCGUCCGGCGGAAUAAGCCGAGAGGCUGUCGCUGAGGUUGCCUCUCAUCUUCUUGCUGCCGAUGGUGUCAAGAAUGGGUGGUACGAUCUUCUAGACGGUGAUGAGGAGAUUCCUGCUGCAGUCGAUAGAGUUGUGCGGGAAGGUGUAGAUGCUGCCGAGGGUGAGGCCAUCUACAGUGCCUAA